AUCUCGCUUUGAAUGUUGAAUUAAAAAUAAAUUAUGCGUUCGUUUUUAUUGAAAAAUUCCAAACAUUUUAAAUGUUUCUCUGUGCAAAGAUUUCCAAUUCGAUCAUUAUCAUCAAAUGUCUUGGUGAACAAUGAUGAUUUUGGCGGCCGUGGUGUUGUUCAACGAUUAAAAUUGAAUAAUCCAAAAAAACGAAAUGCUUUAUCAUUGGCAAUGCUACAAGAAUUGAAUCAUCAUUUUGAAUUAAUGGAAAAGCAGUGUAUUAGUCCAACGACAACAUCUGAAUCGACAUCGAAAACUAAUGAAGAGCAACGAUUAUUACGUGCACUUGUCAUAUCAUCAAAUUGUGAGAAAAUAUUUUCAUCUGGCCAUGAUCUCAAAGAAUUGGCAGAGAAUAAUGAUCGCAAAUAUCACCAACUGAUUUUUGAUGAAUGUACAAAAUUAAUGUUACGUAUGCGUGAUCUACCUGUUCCGGUUAUUUGUCAAGUUGAUGGUUUAGCAGCAGCUGCUGGCUGUCAAUUCGUUGCCUCUUGUGAUAUUGUUUUGGCUACUGAACGUAGUCAUUUUUCAACACCCGGAGCAAAUGUUGGUCUAUUCUGUUCAACACCAGGUAUUGCUGUUGCUCGUUCAGUUCAUAGACGUAUGGCUGCAUAUAUGCUGUUGACUGGUCGACCCAUCAAUGCAAAUGAGGCAUUGAUUAGUGGUCUUGUUACUUGCAUAUCACCAUCGGUCGAAGCAAUGCAUUCACAGUUUUUUUUUAUUGUCCGAUUUUUUUCUUUUAUUUUUUUUUGUUAUUUUCUGGUACAGACUGAAUCAAUCCUAGAAUCGAUCAUUGCUAAACCUGCUUCAGUUAUCGCAUUAGGCAAACAAUUUCUUUUUAAACAACUAGAAAUGGAUAAUUUAGCCGAUGCUUAUAGUCAAGGAUCAAAAGUAAUGGUGGAUAAUUUGUCAAUGAAAGAUUGUCAAGAAGGUAUCGAUGCAUUUCUUAAAAAACGACAACCAAAAUGGACACAUUCCAACGAAUGAAUCAAAAAAUGCGAAAAGAUCAUUGACAAUGGGAAUAAUUCCGAAAUAAAUGAAUAAAUAGAAAUUUAUUUCCCAAAAAAUCUUUUUGCAUCAAUUAUUGAUCAAUAAUCGAAAUGUGAAAAAGCUUUAUUUUAAUGAACUCGAAGAAUAAAUUUGAAACUGAAUGAA